UCCAGUUCUCGAUAAAUGGACGCUGACAUGGACUACGAAAGGCCCAACGUUGAAACUAUCAAGUGCGUGGUGGUCGGAGAUAACGCCGUGGGGAAGACGCGUCUGAUCUGUGCGAGAGCCUGUAAUACAACCUUGACCCAGUACCAGCUGCUGGCAACUCACGUCCCCACUGUCUGGGCCAUCGAUCAGUACCGGGUCUGCCAAGAGGUCCUUGAACGCUCACGAGAUGUUGUGGAUGAAGUGAGUGUUUCUCUCAGGCUUUGGGACACAUUUGGGGACCACCACAAAGACAGACGUUUUGCUUAUGGAAGGUAA